AAUUGUUGGCACAACAAGAAGAAUUCUUCAAUCUCGAGGAAGAUGGAGAUGAGGCUUUUGCAAUGGAAGAGGAUGAGGAUGAUGAACAUAGAAGGCAGAGAGUGUCACAUUUCCAUCGUGUCAUGAAAAUUGUGGGUUAGAUAUCCAAACCUAAACGUACCGUAAACAUAAAUAGAAAGAGAGAAGACGAGAAGAGGAGAGAGAGAGGAUGAGUGACACCAGAGCAACAAAGGUGGUGAGUGUAACUGGAGCGUCCGGUUACAUAGCAUCAUGGCUGGUGAAGCUGUUGCUGCAGCGUGGGUAUACGGUCAAAGCCUCAGUUCGCGACCCAAAUGAUAAGAAGAAAACAGCACACUUGCUUGCGCUAGAUGGAGCUAAGGAGAGGCUUCAACUAUUCAAAGCAGACCUACUGGAAGAGGGCUCUUUUGAUUCCCUAGUUGAGGGCAGUGAAGGUGUUUUUCAUACAGCUUCUCCGUUUUAUCACAAUGUCAGCGACCCACAGGCGGAACUUAUUGACCCUGCUUUGAAGGGAACUCUUAAUGUCCUUAGAUCGUGCGCCAAGGUUCCGUCUAUCAAAAGGGUGGUAAUAACGUCCUCCAUGGCAGCAGUUGCAUUUAAUGGAAAACCUCUUGCUCCUGAUGUAGUAGUUGAUGAAUCUUGGUUUUCAGAUGUAGCUGUUUGUGAAAAAUCAAAGCUUUGGUAUAUGAUUUCAAAGACGUUGGCUGAGGAAGCUGCUUGGAAGUUUGCGAAAGAGAAUGGAAUCGACAUCGUUACAAUAAAUCCAGGAUUGGUGACUGGUCCUCUCUUACAGCCAACUCUGAACACAAGCGUGGAACCUGUUCUGAAACUCAUCAAUGGAGCUGAAAGAUUUCCAAAUACAACUUAUAGAUGGGUUGAUGUUAGAGAUGUUGCUACUGCUCAUAUUCUCGCCCUUGAGAAUGCUUCAGCAAGUGGGAGAUAUUGUCUAGUUGGAAGAGUAAUACACUGUUCUGACACCGUGAAUAUUCUGCGGGAUCUCUUCCCUGCUCUCAAGCUUCCAGAGGAAUGUGCAGAUGACAAACCAUUCACACCAACUUACCAGGUAUCCAAUGAAAGAGCCCAAAGUUUGGGAGUUAAGUUUACUCCUCUGGAGGUGACUUUGAAGGAUACCGUGGAAAGUUUGAAGGAGAAGAACUUCUUCUGAUCAUGGAUCACAUUGGACCUAUCGUUGCAACAUCAAAUCCCGUUUUAUCAACUACGUAAGAAUACGUUACAGAAAAUAAUGGGCGCUUCACAAAACUCUUGCACGAGACCCCUUUCUAUGAAGUUUGAUUGUACUUUGGAAUUUGUUUCAACUGCGUUUUAGUUACCGCGAAACUUGAAGUUCGAACUUUGUAUUGGAUCCUAAACAGUCCGACAUCCCAAGUCGAAAAGGUAUACGUAGAAUCCCAACUCAACCACUCUGAGUUGGAAGACAAUACAGGGACUCGAAGCAAUCCAAGUGCGGCAACGUUUGGCCUGGGCUGUCUUCGACUCUUAACUUAUUUGCACGUCAACAAAUGGUGGUGAGAAAAAUUAAACAAGUUUGUCAAACUCUAAUGUAACAGGUGUGUUGGGAAAUUAAUUUAAAUUCAAAACUUUUCCACAUAAACUAGUCAAUUCAUAAAUAUAUAUGCAGAAACAAACGCUCCCAGACA